AUUCUCGUUAUCCUCUCCCUCUCACCUCUCAUUGAGUUGAGAAAGCGUACGUACAGCCUACGACGUACAGCAUAUCACGGAUCGCGGAGUAUUUGUGAGCAUUCCCCAUUAAAAUAUUUUUCUUGUUUUGUUUACACAUUGUAAAUUCUCGGUUAGCUCUUUUGAAAAUCGAAUGCGUCCGUUCUGCUAACGGGGAUUUAUUUUCGGCAAAAUCUACUUGUUCGUUCUCCUCAACAAUGGCAGAUAUGUCAACAAAUGUGGCCAUUACGCGAAAAAUGUCUUUCGGUAUCAACGGCAAACUCAACGGUGUCGAAAGCAAGACGCCCUUUUUAAUAGGCGUCUCCGGCGGCACCGCAAGCGGAAAAUCUACAGUAUGCAAGCGCAUAAUGGAGAAAUUAGGACAAGUCGAUAUGGAUCACCAACAGCGUCGGGUUGUUUGUAUAUCGCAAGACAGUUUUUAUCGCAAUCUAACACCUGCCGAGAAAUUAAAAGCUGAGAAAGGACAGUAUAAUUUUGAUCAUCCUGAUGCAUUUGAUGAUGAUCUAAUCUUACAAAUACUGCAAGAUAUACUUGCUGGAGUCAAGUGUGAAAUACCAACUUAUGAUUAUAGGACAAACAGUUUAAUGAAGGAUCAAGUUACUACAAUAUAUCCUGCUGAUGUGGUGCUGUUUGAAGGAAUACUGGUAUUUUACUUCCCUAAAAUCCGUGAUUUAUUUCACAUGAAAUUGUUUGUAGACACUGAUUCUGAUACCAGGCUUGCAAGGAGAGUGCUUCUAUCUUCUAUUUUAAUUUUUUUAGUGCCGAGGGAUAUAAAAGAACGUGGGAGGGAUUUGGAUUAUGUCCUAAAUCAAUACAUGAACUUUGUAAAACCAGCUUUCGAAGAGUUCUGCUUACCAACGAAAAAAUUUGCAGAUGUUAUAAUACCAAGAGGAGCAGAUAAUACAGUGGCGAUAGAUCUGAUAGUGCAGCACAUAAGAGACUUCUUAAGCAACCGUGGUAGGGAAAUGUUGGAACCUGAAAGUCCAAUAAACAGGAUAGAGGGAUUGUUCAAGAGGCCGCAUUAAUUUUUAACAUUUUAAUGCGCUUCACAGAGAUCUGUGGAUCCAAUCGUGUUUUGCUUCUUUUCGCGAUACGGAUCUUUUUUCUCAUAUGUAUAUAAUCUGUUAAUUAUGCAGAAAAUAAGAAAUUUCAAGAUCAAUGUUAUUAGAAAUUUUUAUAGUUUUGGUACUUAGAAGCGUUUGCAUUUUGCAGUGAUAUUUGAAUUAAAAUAAUGAGUUAAUUAUUUCAAUCGUGAGAGUGCUUAUACAUAAAUAGAUGUGUAUAGAGAACACAGGAUAUGAUCAAAAUGUGUAGCAAAGCUGCAAGAACAAAUUACAUUUUGUAGCAGGAUACAAAGAAUUUAAAUUUACCUAACAGAAUAAAUUCCUGUCCGAGUCUUUCGGUUUAUUAAUGUAUCUACAAUUUGCUUUGCCACUUUUGAAUUACAUCCUGUAUUUGUAAAUGUUGAAAAGCAUUAAUAUCAAAUGAAAGAUACUGUUGCGCACAGCACAGUUGUCUAUAUUAAUUUGUAGAAUAUUAAUUAGAGAUUAUUAAAAUAUAUAGCAAUAUUUAUGAAGGGCUA